ACAGGUGGGUUUUCUCGCUGGCAUAAAGCCAAGGUUGUGUUUCUACUUUCGGUUUAAUGAGAUCGUAGUUGUUGACAAGGACGUCCAGAUAUUGCUGUGGAGAUUUUCACAUCUUUGAUAUCCUGUGUGUCCACUCAAGAUGACCGCUACCUACCCAUGUCCGGGAAUCAGAGUGGUCAGAGGUCCCGACUGGGCGGGGAGAGAUCAAGAUGGCGGCGAAGGUCACGUGGGAACGGUUGUGAAGAUAGAGGAUUCUGAUUGGGCAAAAGGCAAAGUGUCCGUUAUCUGGGACAGUGGCCGAGAGUUCCAGUACCGGGCAGGAUAUGAUGGCAAGUUCGAGCUGCUGGUGUUUGACUCAGGUCCUACAGGAGACCAAGUGAAAGGCGCCCAGUGUGAUGGAUGUGGAGAAGUUAACAUUUCAGGGAUGAUAUGGACGUGCUCGACAUGCACGAACUUCAUCCUGUGCACCCUUUGUUACAACACAGAACGCCACGACACAGACCACGCCUUCCUCUGCAGUCUCACCAUCAACUCACCACUGUGAGUACGCGUCUCAAUG